AUGGUUCCCUGCGAUACCCCGGAAAACAUUGAUCUGUUUGAGUACCUGUGCCUGAGAAUCAAGCAAAUUGGAAUUAGGUCCGUUCACGGUGUUCCAGGUGACUUCAAUCUGGAGGCUCUAGACUACAUUCAGAAGUGCGGGUUACAAUGGGUUGGAAGUUGCAAUGAACUUAAUGCCGGCUACGCAGCAGAUGGGUAUGCCCGUAUCAAUGGCAUAUCUGCAUUGAUGACAGUCAUGGGAGUGGGAGAGCUAUCCGCUAUCAACGCCAUUGCUGGUAUGUUCCUGAUUCACAUUGUUGGAAAACCAAGCCGGCAAGCCCAGCGAGAGAAAUUUUGCACGCAUCACACUCUAGGUGAUGGUGAUUUCACUCUUUUCGAGGAUAUGAGUCGCAAGGUCUCUUGUAUGACUGCUUGUAUCGACAACAUACAGACCGCCCCCGCCCUGAUCGAUGAAGCCAUCCGGACUUGUUGGAUCCAAAGUCGCCCGGUCUUCCUCUUCGUGUCUUCUGACAUGAUCAGUGCGCCGGUCUCACGCGAACUGUUGAAAAUUCGCCCGCCUCUGGACCGGAUGAUAACCCAUGAUGACAUUCUUCAGCACGACACGUUGGUGAAGACUGUGGUCGAUGAGAUUCGCAACGCGUCUAGACCGGUGGCGCUGGUCGGAGGAUAUGGAAUUUCACACGGCGCAAAGAAACAGCUCAAUGGGUUCCUGAGAGCACUGGGGAUUCCGGUCUUGACGACAGCCUCCGGCAUCGGGAUUGUGGACAGAACUCUUCCACACUAUAAAGGACUAUAUGUUGGCUCUUCCUCCCUUGAGGGGAUUCUCAAGCUGAUAAAGCCAGCCGACUUGAUUAUCAGUAUCGGAAACAUCCCGUCUGAUUUAAGCAGCUCGUCCUUGAAAGGCAUUGUAGAGAACCCCAGGCUGAUUGACAUUCGAAGAACUACGACCAAGGUCGAGUGCCAGAACUUCGAAAACAUCCACAUCAGCAGUGUUCUCAUUGCGUUAACAGAGACGCUCAAUCAUGGCCUGGUACCCAUGAGCCGCUCUUUCUGUGUCGAUCAUGACGAGAAAUACGAGUUUUUUGCUGCUAGUCUAGCUAAAACUGAUGAACAGAUCGACACCUCGAAAGGAAAUAAAAUGAAGGACCUUGGUCUGCAGUUCUUGAACUGUCUACGAAAUGCUGCGAUUAUUCCUCGAAGAAUCAGCUUCAUACGAUCCUGGAUAUUCAGCCGUGCCUUGAAGGGACGGACACCCAUCACCCACGAUUGGCUUUGGAGCAACUUGGGAAAUUGGCUUCAAGAAGGGGAUAUUCUCCUCACCGAGGCAGGCACAGCAAGCUUCGGAAUCUGGAACACGACUCUCCCUCCUAACAUCAUUUUCCUCGCUCAGUACAUGUGGGCAAGUAUCGGAUACACGGUUGGAGCUUGUCAAGGUGCGGCCCUGGCAACGCGGGACUCUUCUUAUCCCCGACGACGCACUAUUCUUUUCAUAGGGGACGGAAGCUUCCAAUUCUCUUGCCAGGAAUUGAGCACGAUCAUUCGCCUGGGUCUGAAACCUAUCAUUUUUGUUAUCUGUAACAAUGGUUUUACCAUUGAACGCUUGAUCCAUGGCGAAGAACAAGAGUACAAUGACAUUCAACCCUGGGAUCACCGACUUCUUCCAGCAGCAUUCGGUGCAGCACCGGGGACCUACGAGACACACCGCGUCGAGACACGGGAGCAUCUAUUGGAUUUGUGGGGUUGCAAAACUUUCAACGACUGUUCAGUUCUUCAGGUAAGCGCAAAUUCUCCUUUGUUCAAUCCACCUCUACUUUUUCCUUUCUGCCCCUGCAUGCGCUCCAAGCUAAGAUAUAUGCAGAUCAUUGAGUUGUGCGUUGAUCAGAAUGAUGCACCAUCGAAUCUGGUUGCAUUAGCGCAGUCACUGCGAGAGCGCAACGCGUCCCUGGCUUGA